AAUAUUAAAUUUUUAUUUCCAGAACAUAAAGUAAGCCUCAUUCAUAUCCACAAUGCCUCUCUCCUGUCGAUUUUACUCCCAAAAGUAUCCAAACAUUGAUGAUGUUGUGAUGGUGACAGUCCGCUCCAUCGGGGAGCUUGGGGCUUAUGUUCAACUCCUAGAAUACAAUAAUAUUGAGGGCAUGAUCUUGCUCUCUGAGCUGUCCAGGAGACGUAUUCGCUCCAUGAACAAACUUAUCAGAGUCGGAAGAACAGAACCUCUUGUGGUCAUCAGAGUAGAUGAAGAAAAAGGUUAUAUUGAUCUUUCCAAGCGACGAGUGUCGGAGGAAGAUGUUGUCAGGUGUACUGAGAGGUUUGCCAAGGCCAAGGCUGUUCAGAGCAUUUUGAGACACACUGGCGAACUCUUAGGGUACAAAGAUGAUGAAGAAUUUGAAGAACUUUACAAACAAACAGCAUGGAAAUUUGAAGCUAAAUUUAAAGUUCAAGGAAGUGCAUACCAUGCCUUCAAACAAGCUGCUGUAGAUCACUCAGUUCUUGACGAAUGCGAGUUGACAGAGGAGACAAAGCGAGUGCUGAUAUCACAAAUUCAGAGCAAACUUCAGCCCCAGGCUGUGAAGGUGCGAGGAGACAUUGAAGUUUACUGCUACGAGUAUGAAGGCAUUGAUGCUGUCAAGACCGCUCUCAGAGAGGGCAUCAAGGACUCUACAGAAGAGAUACCCAUCAAAAUCAACUUGAUCUCUCCCCCUCUUUACGUUAUAACGACGAACACAACGGAGAAGGAGCAAGGCGUACUGGUGUUGAUGGAUGCCAUAAAGCACAUAGAAAGCAAGAUCAAGGAGUACGGUGGCGUGCUGAGCGUCAAGAUGCCACCUAAGGUCGUCACUGACAUCGAGGAGGCCGAGCUCGCCCGCAAGAUCGAAGCUGCUGAGGAUGCGCAGCGCGAGGUGGCAGGAGACGAUGAGGAGGAAGACCAGGAUAUGGACGGCGAUAUUGCCGAAGUGGCUUAAUAACUCAGAGUGACUGACGACUAAAAUGCGUUGGGUGAUAGUAUGAGUAAAUGGUAUUAUGGAUUAAAUGGCAUAGGGACUCUGACUAGAAUUGAGGUUAAGUAGGUAAAUGACUAAAUCUAGAGGACUGCCGGUGGCUAGGAAGCAGAUGGUGACAGGCGCAUCUUGAAACUUCAGUGGAGCAUUUCUUACCUUGCGAGUGAACGGGACGGAACAACUGAUAAAUGAACUGUACGCGCUGCAAAAUUAUGCUUCUUACGCAUUACACUCAAGUUUAAAAAAUUUCUAUCUUAUAACUAAAUUAAGACAGUAUUACUGGUCACCAGGUGUUGUCAAAUGAUUGCUUGGUGAAUAUAGGAAAUUUGUGCGAAGAACAAUAGACCUCAAUUUUGUUGAGAAUCCUCGAUUGACUAUACUAUUAAAGGCAUUUAAUCGUCAACUUGCUGUCACGACUAUUCCUUGCAAAAUUAUGACCAACACAAUUGAGUCAUAGAUCGCCUUACAAUAGUGAAUAGGCUUAAAAAGCAGUGAGCCUUUGACGGCUGGAAAUACCAAGAUAUGCUCUGUAUUAUAUAGUAUCAUGACUUAGCUGCUAAUGUGUUCCGUAAGGAUGCAAGUCUCCUUGGAGUUCUUUUGUUGAAAAUGGCAAAACAGAACGCGAUUAAAAAUAAAAUCAUAUUUUGCGAGAUCAUUCAAUCGUAGGGUGAGCUUGGCCUGACGUAGAAAGAGAUAAUUGUCGAUCUGGCUUUCGUAGUUCGAUCCUGGUUCAAUUUAUUGUGCAUUUUAUCCCUCUCUACUCACUUAAAUACUUUUUUCUUACAUGCGAGGUCACUAGUUUGUUGAACAGAAUGCUGUACUGUUCUACGGUCAACAUUUUCAGAGGUUUUGACAAGCAAGUUCAUUUGUUGGUGCUGUAGUAACUGCUCUGAAAAUGUGCAAGUUAAUUAAUUGUUCUUAACAUUAUUGAUUUCGCAGAUCUAUCCUUAUCCAUUUUCUACAUUUAUCACGUUUGAAAUCAGUUGGGAGGUUUUUAUGACCUAUUUAAGGAUUAAAGAGUUAAUCAAACUCUUCUCAUAAACCUUUCAUACUACGAAAAUAUAUACUUUUUUUCACGUUUUUGCCUUUGUGGCUGUUUCUCUUGUUCAACUGAAUAAGCAAUGAAAGUCAUUAUGAUCGUGAAACUCGCAUUUAGGAUGAUCGUGAAACUCUGAUGAUUAAUUUUCUCACUUUCAUACGCUUACUUGCCAUUCAAUAUUGUUUGCUUUAACUUCUUGAACCAUCACAGCUAUUUGAUAGGGUGAAUAUAUCUAUGCGUUAACCAUCUACCGCCGUAUGUCACUCUCCCUGGAACAUAACUUUCAACUUUAAUUACAUGUAAACUAUUGAGUGUAGUAACCCGAUGACGUUUGUAAGCAAAAGACAUUUGAAGUUGUCGUAACUUGGCGGCAACCAUCAUCGCAAGUCAUUUUGCUAUCACUCGAAUGUAUUCUUUUGCGGAAGUAGGCAUGUGACAAUAUUGCUCCGGUUACUCAUGUCAAGUGGUAGAGGGCUAAGGUCGUUUUAACGUUAUGAGCAACAAACGAAAGGACUUCGGAUUUUGCAUUUCAGGGUUCUCAAUCCAGAUUCUCUGUAUGAAAUAGUUUUGCUGAACAAACCGCACUUUUCAAAUUGUAUCCUGCUGCUUACAUACAAUGAGCUUCUUUAAGCUGCCCAUUUCCUCUUAUAAC